AUGGCGUCAACGAAGAACCAAAUUGAUAAUGUCGACACUGUCGAGCAUGCUCAUCCAUCUACUCAUGUCGAUUUGAAUAAUAAUAUUACUGCCAAAAUCCAAAAUCCUUUAGCAGGUUUAUCAGAAGCUACCAUCAUUCGAGAUGUAGGAGAAUUUGCCCAAACCAACAACCUCAACCAUAUCCUUCCUUUACUAGAGAAAGGUGCUUUGAUAGCAUCCGAUCCAGAAAACUUUGAAAACGUAGGGAGAUUGAAUGAGGAUGAGAAAGUGGCUUUAAGAUAUGAAGCGGCGCAUAGAUGGAGCCAUCCAACGACGCUUUACUUGACAAUUAUUACCUGUUCUAUUGGUGCAGCUGUUCAAGGUUGGGAUCAAACGGGUAGUAAUGGAGCAAAUCUUUCAUUUCCACUAGAAUUCGGGAUUGGCCAAGGAGAUAACCCAGAUUCUCCAAAUCAUGAUCGUGAUAAUUGGCUUGUUGGUUUGGUUAAUGCAGCUCCAUAUAUUGGAUCUGCUUUCUUUGGUUGUUGGAUGAGUGAUCCAUUUAAUGCUUGGUUCGGACGUCGCGGUACCAUUUUCAUCGCGGCUAUCAUUUGUAUUUUUACUCCCAUCGGAGGAGCUUUCGCCAAGUCUUGGGAAACACUUUUUGCCAGUCGUAUAAUUUUGGGACUUGGAAUGGGUCUAAAGGGAAGCACAGUGCCAAUCUUCGCUGCGGAGAACAGUCCAGCUAUGAUUCGAGGUGCAUUGGUCAUGUCAUGGCAAAUGUGGACUGCUUUUGGUAUUUUCUUAGGAUUUGUUGCAAACUUGGUCGUCAUUGAUACAGGCAAGAUCGCAUGGAGACUUCAGAUUGGAUCUGCAUUCAUUCCAGCUCUGCCUCUUGCAGUCUUAAUCUAUUUUUGCCCCGAAUCUCCAAGAUGGUUGAUGAAACGAGGAGAAUACCAGAAGGCCUACAAGUCCCUUUGCCGACUCCGCAAACACGAUCUUUUCGCGGCUCGUGAUCUCUACUUCAUCGACUGUCAACUCAAAAUCGAAGCAGCAAUCGUUGGUAAAACCAACUACGUCAGUAGAUUCGUUCAGUUAUUCACCAUUCCGCGUGUACGAAGAGCGACUCUUGCAUCUUUCACCGUUAUGAUUGCUCAACAAAUGUGUGGUAUCAACAUCAUUGCAUUCUAUUCUUCGACCAUUUUCAGACAGGCAGGUGCUUCCGAAAAGAAUGCGUUGAUUGCUAGUUUUGGAUUCGGAUUGGUGAAUUUCGUAUUUGCCUGGCCAGCCAUUUGGACCAUCGACACCUUUGGUCGACGUUCCAAAGCGCAUCUUGGACUCAUCGCUACAUUUAUCUACAUAUUUGCUGCCUUUUAUUCACCAGGAGAAGGACCCGUUCCUUUCACCUACUCAGCCGAGGUGUUCCCCUUAUCACACAGAGAAGUUGGAAUGGGCUGGGCAGUUGCAACAUGUUUAUUCUGGGCCGCCGUUCUAUCGAUUUCUUUCCCCAAGAUCUUGGAAAGCUUCCAUCCCGUCGGAGCAUUUUCCUUUUACGCCGGACUCAACGUCCUCGCGUUCUUCAUGAUCUUCCUCUUCGUCCCCGAAACCAAACAACGCACACUCGAAGAACUCGACUACAUUUUCGCCAUCCCCACGCGUACAUUCAUGAAAUAUCAAAUCACCAAAACCCUCCCCUACUGGAUUCAACGAUAUGUAUUUUUCAACAAGAACGCAGUGCUAGAGCCCCUUUAUCGUUUCGACGAGACGGCGGAUUAUAGAGCGCCCGACACGAAACUUACAGGACACCCAGAACAGAUUGAGAAGGUGGAGAGGAGUAGUGAGGGAGAGAGCGCGGAGAUCACAUCGAGUGAGAAAAAUUAA